UUAAGCAUGCCUUUCAUCUCAGGUACGAAAGGUUGCAGAAAAUGUGCUCCAUAGCCUUGGUUGGCAAAUACACCAAGCUCAGCGACUGCUAUGCCUCCGUGUUCAAAGCCCUGGAACAUUCAGCCUUGGCCAUCAACCACAAGUUGAAUCUGAUGUAUAUAGACUCCAUUGAUCUGGAGCAGACCACCGAAACUGAGGACCCUGUGAAAUUCCAUGAAGCUUGGCAGAAGCUCUGCAAAGCUGAUGGCGUUCUUGUGCCAGGAGGCUUCGGAAUCCGAGGAACAUUGGGGAAACUCCAGGCCAUUUCUUGGGCCCGGGCAAAGAAGAUACCUUUCCUGGGAGUUUGCCUCGGGAUGCAACUGGCAGUGAUAGAGUUUGCAAGAAACUGCCUUAACUUGAAAGAUGCUGAUUCCACGGAAUUUGAGCCAAAUGCCCGUGUUCCUGUGGUGAUCGAUAUGCCCGAACACAACCCCGGCAAUUUGGGAGGAACCAUGAGGCUGGGCAUCAGAAGAACGGUUUUCAAAACGGAAAAUUCAAUAUUAAGGAAACUUUAUGGUGAUGUUCCUUUUAUAGAAGAAAGACACAGACAUCGGUAUGAGGUGAACCCAAGCCUGAUCAGUCAGUUGGAGCAGAACGACUUAAGUUUUGUAGGUCAGGAUGUUGAUGGAGAGAGGAUGGAAAUCAUUGAACUGGCAAAUCAUCCCUAUUUUGUUGGUGUCCAAUUCCAUCCUGAGUUUUCUUCUAGGCCGUUGAAGCCUUCUCCUCCGUACCUGGGCCUAUUACUUGCGGCAACCGGGAACCUGCAUGGCUACUUGCAACAGGGAUGCAAGCUGUCUUCUAGUGAUAGAUACAGCGAUGCCAGUGAUGACAGCUUUUCAGAGCCAAGAAUAGCUGAGUUGGAAAUAAGCUGAAACUAAUGACUCGGAAUAAUCAGGACUGCCUGAGAGGGCUCUGAAGUAAUUGAAGCCAGGAUGAAGGAACUGAGGAAAUCACACUCUUAAAGAAUCCCUUUAUUUUCCACUAAACAUGGAUGUAGACCUUCGAAGGAGAUCUAAUAAUAGAGAAACCAGAACCAAAAGGCCACCACCCUUUUUACUCUAGAGGUGGCCUUUGGUUCUCACAAAUUUCUGUAGCCAAUUAAACUUUUCCCAACAACCUC